AUGUUGGGCUGGUGCCAAGCGAUAGCUCGUAACCCUCACAGACUUCCAAACAGCACAAGAACACCCGAGGUCUCAGGUGAUGCUUCACAUAACUCUGCUUUGAAUGACAAAUCCCCAGGGCGUUCCACAAGUCGAUCAAGUAAUAUUUCAAAGGCAAGCAGUCCUACAACAGGAACAGCUCCCAGGAGUCAAUCUCGGUUGUCUGUCUGCCCCUCCACUCAGGACAUUUGUAGAUCUACUACCUUGCAUGAUUUGUCAGAAGAUGAGCUUGAACAUGCAACCUCUGUCAUGGUGCUGGCCCCUGCUAAUAGGGAGCCUGGUGGUAAGAAACUCAUAAAACGAAGGUUUAGGCGGAAAAGAGAGACUGGAGACAAUGGUGAGCACACAGAAAAGCAAGGAAAGGGGAGAAACUGUAAAUUGCAUCCUGAGCCUCCGAGAUCCAGCUGGAACGCAUCCGAUUCAUCAUCAUCUUCGGAUGAGAGUCAGUGGGCUCAGGCUAGGAGGAGAGCAAGAGAAAAGGCCAGAAUGGCCAGGAGAGGGAGAAGAAACAAUAGAUCAUGCAGCAACCAGGAUGGGUCCUCAAACAAUAAUGCUGUUGAACUUGUCACCUUGGGGACAAUGGGAAAACAGAAACAAGAGGUGUCUGACCCUGAGAAUCCUACUUUAAAUCACCGCCGAAGGAUUCUGAGGCUUAAGGAAUCUCAGUCUUCAGCAUCAUCUCAGGAAGCGAGGAUUUCCUCAAGAAAAUGUGGGAGAAGCAAAGAGAAAAGCUACCAGCGAGACCGGCAGCCUGCACCUUUCCUUAGACACACGAAGGAGUCCUUUGCAGAGGCAGGCUCUGGCAGCGAUGCUCUGGCAGCCCCAGACCAUGGAGCACCUGCUGGGGCAGGGCCCACUGUGCCUCAUGCUGCUCAGAAGCCUCCAGUGCUCUAUGAUGACUGGUCUGAUGAUUUAGAAGUAUGCAGGAUCUGUCACUGUGAGGGAGAUGAGGAGAGCCCCCUGAUCACGCCGUGUCGCUGCACGGGCACGCUGCGCUUCGUUCACCAGGCCUGCCUGCACCAGUGGAUCAAGAGCUCGGACACGCGCUGCUGCGAGCUCUGCAAGUACGACUUCAUCAUGGAGACCAAGCUCAAGCCGCUCCGCAAGUGGGAGAAAUUACAGAUGACAACAAGUGAGAGGAGAAAAAUUGUGUGUUCAGUCACAUUCCAUAUAAUUGCAAUUACCUGUGUUGUUUGGUCAUUGUAUGUUUUAAUUGACAGAACCGCUGAAGAAAUUAAACAAGGCAAUGAUAAUGGUGUCCUCGAAUGGCCGUUUUGGACAAAACUCGUUGUGGUGGCCAUUGGAUUCACAGGAGGCCUGGUCUUCAUGUAUGUGCAGUGUAAGGUCUAUGUCCAGCUGUGGCGGAGGUUGAAAGCCUACAACAGAGUGAUCUUUGUUCAGAACUGCCCAGACACCAUCAAAAAACUGGAGGAGAAAAGCUCUCCGUGCACUCAGCCCUCGGAGGUGAAGGACGCAGUGGUGGUGCCAGUAGCACAGACAGGUACAAACUCUCAGCCGGCGGCGGAGGAGGCGAUGUCGGAGGUGAUGCCAGUUUGACAUGGACAGCAUUGCUUCUUCUUUGCAGAGUAAAGCCGUAGUGUCUGCUACACUACAAAUGCUACAAGAAAGUAGAAAUGACUGUGCAUAUUUUCACUUAAAGAAGACCCCCAACCAAACGACAAAAAAAAUACCCCAUACAAACACCAAAACCGUACAAGGAAAAUGGAUCCAGCAAAGCAACUUGUUACUGUAUGGAGUGUGACCGUUCGUGAUGUAGUUUCGCAACUAGUCAGCAAAGUGUAGUGAAAGUGGAAGUGUAGAAAGUGCAAUAGAGAACAGGUUUAACAGACAAUGCCAAACCUA